AUAAGACGUUGUUUACGGAGCGGACGGGACCCCCACUCAGUGAAAACAAAGAGCAGCGCGGAGUGCGGACACUUGUACUACUUAAUCAGAAACCACAUUCACGGUUAACCACAUCGCCAUGGAGCAGAAGAAGAAUGUCGAGAACAAGCCCAUCCGCAAGGAAAUUAUCAAUCCGGGAAACGCUUAUAUUGAGCUUACGCCAGGCACACGGGUGAAAUUCCACUUCCAGACGCGGACAGCCCAUGAUGCACGCAUCGUGGAUGACAGCAGGAAGAUGGGUAAACCAAUGGAGCUGGUCCUGGGCAAGAAAUUCAAGCUGGAGGUCUGGGAAGUGAUUGUGCAGCAGAUGUCCCUCAACGAGGUGGCCAAAUUCACGGUACACAAAUCGCUAUGUCCCCAGUAUCCUUUCAUAUCAAAGACAUUGAGGGACAUUGGAAAGAAGCCCGAGGAACGACGUCGCUGCUGUGGAAUGACACUACAAAACGAGGGCAUUGGCUAUCCCGAUUUGGAUGCCCUGUUGCAGCAUCCUGUGGACCUGGAAUUCAUCAUAGAGCUGACCUCGAUUGAGCUGCCCGAGCAGUACGAAAAGGAGCGCUGGCAAAUGUCCGAUGACGAGAAAAUGCUGGCCACCAACACGCUGAGGGAGCGGGGCAAUGGCUUCUACAAAUCGAAUCGGUAUACGGAUGCAGAGACCUGCUAUCGCGAGGCCGUGGGCAUUGUUGAGCAGCUCAUGCUCAAGGAGAAGCCACACGAUGGUGAAUGGAUGGAACUGGCUGCGAUCAAGACACCAUUGCUGCUGAACUAUGCCCAGUGUCGUCUGAUUGCCGGUGACUUUUAUGCCGUCAUCGAGCACUGCAAUGAGGUGCUGAAUCUGGAUCCACGCAAUGUAAAGGCACUGUUCAGGCGGGCCAAGGCCCAUGCUGGCGCCUGGAAUCCGAUGCAGGCACGUCGCGAUUUCAUUGAUGCAUUGGCACUGGAUAGCAGCCUCAAGUCGACGGUGGCCAAGGAGCUGAAAUCGAUUGAGGAGCAGCAGCAGGCACGCAAUGUUCAGGACCGAAUACACAUGCAGAAGCUCUUCUAGAAUAUAAGUUUUGUGAACCUCCUGCUAAUGCUCCUAGUCUAUUGGAGCAACUAUGAGACCUGCUGCUAACAGUUAGCCGAACCCUCCAUUUUCACCAUUCUAGGACGCAGCCGCUUUAUACCUUUAUUCUCGCUGGCCAACCUGUUGCUCAGCUGCUGGGCCCUCUACAAGUCAAUGCGGACGAUGAGGCAGAGACGUAUACGUGCGAUAUGGUGACACUGAGAGGGGCCAGUGAGAAGGGGCUGAUCUAUCUAUCUAUCUAUAUAUGCACGCACCACCACACAAAGCCAAUUCAUUCAUCAUCACAUCACAUCUCUGGACUUUAAAGUAAGUAAAAACAAAGUUAUAAUCACCCAAAUGGGGCACAUCCUUCUCCCCUCCCUAUACAACAAAUAUUUAGCAAAAAGUUAUACAAUAUAUAUAUAUAUAUAUACAAUAUAUUAUAUUAUUAUAUGUGUCUGUGUAUAUUACGAA